GAUAGUACUUAACGUCACUACGUUACCUUCGAGUGGACAAUACUUGCAACUUACGGCCACUUUAAAUUUGAAAUCCCAUGGUAUUGAACUUGUGAAUGUGAUUUGUGACGCGAGUGUACAAUGGCGUUUGUAGUGAGCGUUUUUCUGACCCUAUUUGUCAUAGUUACAACUAUUUACUUCAAAUGGAUGUAUUCGUAUUGGAAAAGAAGGAAUGUUCCACAGUUACCGCCUAGUUUCCCCCUUGGAAAUGUAGAAAACCCUUUCAAUCGAAAAUUUUCCCACGGUGAAUGGUUUGCUUUGGUGUAUAAAACGUUUAAAGAACGCGGUGCCAAACACGCAGGGAUUUACUUUAUUGCAUCCCCGAACUACGUACCCAUCGCACCAGAAGUAAUAAAAAAUAUCAUGCAGAAAGACUUCAGUCAUUUUGUAGAGCGCGGAUUAUACUGUAAUGAAACGGAUGAUCCUUUAAGUGGCAAUUUGUUUCUCAUCGGUGGUCAAAGAUGGAGGAACCUGCGGACAAAGCUUACGCCGACGUUUACGUCGGGUAAGAUGAAGAUGAUGUUUGAAACUUUGGUGGAAUGCAUCAAUCCCAUGGACGCAGCCAUAACCUCAUAUUGCAUCAGUAAGGAACCAGUUGAUAUAAAAGACACCUUGGCACGCUUUACUACUGAUGUUAUUGGAUCGUGCGCGUUUGGGUUGGAGUGCAAUAGCUUUAAAACUGCAGACGCUGCAUUUCGCAACCAUGGUCAAAGAAUCUUUUCGCCAGAAACGAAAGUUAAAGCACUGAUAGGAUUGUUUGCACUGAUAUCACCGAAGUGGGCCAACAGAUUGGGAGUAUCGGUGUUUCCUAAGGAGAGUAGUUCCUUCUUCUUCAACGUUGUCAAGGACACCGUUAAUUAUAGGCGAGAGAGUGGUGUUCAUCGCAAAGACAUGUUACAAAUUGUGAUGGAUCUUCAGGAAGCAGGAGUGGAAUCAUUAACAAUAGAAGAAAUAGCAGCUCAAGCUUUUGUCUUUUUCUUGGCGGGCUUCGAAACGUCUUCGACUACUAUGACGUUUUGUCUUUACGAAUUGGGGAUAAAUUCAGAUCUACAAGAAAAGGUGAGGGAGGAAAUUAAUCGCGUUUUAGAACAGCACGACGGAAAACUCACUUACGAAGCAAUAAUGGACAUGAAGUAUAUGACUCAAGUUAUCGACGAGACCUUAAGAAAAUAUCCUCCUGGAACUCUGCUACCUCGAAAAUGUGUCGAUGAUUACUUUGAACCGAUUACUGGCGUGACUAUUGAAAAAGGAACAAAAGUACUAAUUCCGGUGUUGGGCUUACAUAUGGAUCCCGAAUACUUUCCGGACCCUGAAAAAUUUGAUCCUGACAGAUUUUCGGAAGAAAACAAGCGCAACAUUGUUCCCUUCACUUACAUGCCGUUUGGUGAGGGUCCCCGCAUAUGUAUUGGCAUGAGAUUUGGAAUGAUGCAGAUAAAGGUCGGCCUAACCCACUUGCUAAAACAUUAUUCGUUCGCUGUUAGUUCGAAGACGAAUAUACCUUUGACCUGGGACAAAUACAGCUUUAUAAUAUCCACAGAAGAUCCAAUAUGGUUAGAUGUUAGGAAGCUUUGAUUAUUGUAUUCAGCGUUGAAAGAGUACGAUUUCGUUAUAAAAUUUC